AGUUAAUAAGCCCUCGGAAAUCGAUCUGUAGAAAAUUCCUUUCCUAUCUCAAUGCAUUCUGCUACAUCUGCAACUAGUUAUCCACAAAUGAUUACAGGAAUACUUUCUUGUGUUCAAGGCUGUUAUUAUUUCAUCGGAGAUAUCAUAAAGUAUUUAAUCUAAAGUUAAUUCUAAUUAACCAACUAGUUUACUCUGUUCUGUGAUUCUGGUGGAAUUAGUUUCUCUAAACUAACGUACAUUGUGGAAAGGGCGAGUUAUUUGGUCUUGCUUUGGAACUUCAUUUUUUUUGGAAGACGACAAAGUGAUAAAGGUUCUGUUAAUGUGACUGUGUAACAACAACAUGUCUUCCCUCGUGAAACUGCUAUGUGGCUUAUAUGCCCUGAUUAUUGUUGUGCUUGGUAUUGUAUUCGCAACUGCGUCCUCACUGACAGCCGUUGAAAGGCAACACAAAUACUACCUCGAGGUGUUUCUGGUCUACCUGUAUACAGGAUCUCUACUGGUGUUGCUCUACUUUCAAGUGGUUCUCCUUCGUGGGGUGAAGGUCAAGAACAGCUACUUUGAGACAAAUAUAAUUAAAGUGUCUAUAAGACCAGAUGGAAGCAUACAAAAAUCUCCAACUGCGACCCCUACCCCACAUAGGUAAUCUAGAUGACAAAGCAAAUUAUAUAUU